GAUCGCACUCUGCUGCUGUCGGUCCUCCUUACUUUUACAAGCUGUCAGAUCUCUGCAAAGGUCCGAGACAUCAGCUGACCGCAUGGCUUCAUGAAAGUUUCAUGGACUUGGAAAACUUUCAGCGGCGCUUUAUUGGAGCUCUUGGCCUCUUUAGUUCCUGUGGAUUACUGGCAUAAAGCAGGACCCUUUGCAGCUAUUUAUUGGGGGUAUUUACCGUGUCUUCUGCUGAGUUCUGAGCCGAGAUGGGGAGCAAAGCCCUGCACGCUCCGAUCCCCCUGCACCCGGCCCUGCAGCUCACCAACUACUCCUUCCUGCAGGCCGUCAACACGUUCCCCGCGGAGCAGCUGCAGGGGCUGUACGGCCUCAGCGCGGUACAGACCAUGCACAUGAACCACUGGACUCUUGGUUACCCGCACAUCCAAGGCCUGAGGUCGACGAUCACAGAGAUGGCAGCAGCCCACGGUCUGGUGGACCCCAGGAUUUCCUUCCCAGCGUUACCCUUCACAGCCGCAGCGCAGCUCUUCCACCCUAAACAAGCAGGCUUUGCAAACGGCCUGCCCCUGCUGCACAAGGAGAGGCCGAGGUUUGACUUCGCCAACCUGGCCCUCGCUGCCACUCAGGAGGACCCGCCGAAGGCUGCGGAUCUGGCGAAGUUGGCGUCGGGGCUAGGGGGAACCAUCUCCGAGCUGAGCAAGCUGUCCCCGGACAGAAAGCCCACCCGGGGCAGGCUCCCAUCCAAGACUAAAAAGGAAUUUAUUUGCAAGUUCUGCGGCAGGCAUUUCACCAAGUCCUACAACCUCCUGAUCCACGAGAGGACCCACACAGACGAGCGGCCCUACACCUGUGAUAUUUGUCACAAGGCUUUUAGAAGGCAGGACCAUCUCAGAGACCACAGAUACAUCCACUCCAAGGAAAAACCAUUCAAAUGUCAAGAAUGUGGGAAGGGAUUCUGUCAGUCUCGAACUCUAGCCGUCCAUAAAACCUUACAUAUGCAGGAGUCUCCCCACAAAUGCCCCACAUGCGGAAGAACCUUUAAUCAAAGAAGUAACCUGAAAACUCACCUUCUCACCCAUACAGACAUCAAGCCCUACAGCUGUGGCCGCUGCGGAAAGGUGUUUCGGCGCAACUGUGACUUGCGACGGCACAGUUUGACGCACAGCCCACAUCAGGACUACUAGCCUGGACAGACUAACACAAAUAAUAAUGGACAAAAAGCAGCAAGACAAGUCAACGACUAUUUUUUUUCAAAGACAAUCUCCAAAUCAGGACACGUUUACUGCCGCACUAUUCAGAGUGGGAUGUGGUUACAUCUCAAGAGCCAUGCUUUCAGACCACCUGUACAUAUCCAGACCCUGUACAUAAUGUUUUUUUAUGUUCUGUCUUACCUUGAAACUAUAAACUUGUCAAAAAACAGUCAUAAGUUUAAAGUAUGUUAAAUUGUAUUGUAUAAUUAAA